UUUAUCGAUGGACCACUGCCACAACCACGAUGGUGCAGAUGAUGGAGUCACAAUGCGAAUAUUUCAUGUAUUUUCCUGCUGUUCCGAUAUCAGACUUGUCAGACCCUGGACGGUACCGAACACUCCCAAGACGAAGUCAUCUCUACCUGGGAGAGACUGUGCGCUUCUUGCUGGUUCUGCGGUGCAGCGAUGCGGAGAGCGACACACGGACCGAUAGCGCAUUUGAAUUCGGUGUCGAAAGUCCGAACGGUCGUGCAUGGAGAGAACUGGCAGGUUCGCUUUGCGCAGUGGCGAGUGUGAGUCCAGCGGAAAAGCAUCGCUCUCAUACCUAUCUCGACCAUGACCACAGUAGCGGGAACGAAGGUCCUGAGGAGGGGGAAGAGAAUGAUGGAAGAUCGUCAGUCAAGAGAGAUGCUGGCUUCAGAGAAUGCAAGCCUCUGCUUAUUCAUAACAACGGCAGCGGUGUCCGCGAGUUCCGCAGGGCCCCUCUGAAGUCGCCCUUGGACGAGCCGGUGGUCCUGAGUGACGAGGUCAUCUUUCCCUUGACCGUGUCCCUUGAUAAACUGCCCGUCAACACACACAAGGUCAAGGUGAUGGUGACGGUGUGGAAGCAGGAGGCCGAUAAAGCCGAGGUGCAGGAGAACGGUUACCUCACAAUCCUGCAGCAGCAAGCGCCGACGCUCACCUUCCGACAGGACCUCAACACCUUUAAAGCUCAAGUGAGCACGACUUUGACGGUGCUGCCGCCCCCGACUGUGAGAUGCAAGCAGAUGACUGUUGCUGGGAAACACCUCACAGUGCUGAAAGUGUUAAAUGAGUGCUCCCAGGAGGAUGUUAGCAUCCAUGACCUGAGGAUUCUGCCAAACUUCAAUGCAUCGUAUCUACCCAUGAUGCCAGACGGGUCUGUCUUGCUGGUUGACAAUGUCUGCCACCAAUCAGGAGAAGUUGCCAUGGCAUCGUUUUGUCGAAUGGAAAGUCUUGCCUGCCAGCUACCCAGCAUGCUAAGCUCCUUGGAAGAGCAUGACUUCCUGUUUCAGCUGCAGAUGAGUGACAUGUCCCAAGAUGACUCUGAGGGUCUUGAGGUACCCCUAGUAGCAGUGCUCCAGUGGUCAACUGCUAAAAUGCCUUUCACCAACUGUAUCUAUACGCAUUACAGACUACCUAGUAUUCGGUUGGAUCGGCCACGCUUUGUAAUGACAGCCAGUUGCCCCAGUACAGUCAACACACAGGACCUUUUUCGGGUCCGCUACACCUUAUUCAACAACCUACAGGAUUUCCUAGCUGUGAGACUGGUUUGGACCCCAGACGGGCGUGGCCAAAGCGAAGAGGCGACGUCUGGCCCUGUCGUUUGUCAGUCACCUCUCAGUAACCUCGGCCACUGCCGCAAAGGCAGCACCCUCUCCUUCACCGUGGCCUUCCAGAUUCUGAGAGCUGGACUCUACGAGCUGAGCCAGCACAUGAAACUGAAGCUGCAGUUCACGGCGCCGGUGUCCAAUGCUCCGGUGGACGCGCGGCCCCUGUCCCGCAAGAACAGCCCCUCCAGCCCGGCCGUCCGGGACCUGCUGGACCGGCACCAGACCAGCCUGGGGCGCUCCCAGUCCUUCUCCCACCAGCAGCCCUCGCGCUCCCACAUCAUGAGGGCUGGCAGUGCCAUGGAGCGGCGUGCCAUCACCCCCCCUGUGGGCUCGCCAGUGGGCCGGCCACUGUACCUGCCCCCUCAGGAGAAGGCCGUCCUCUCGCUGGACAAGAUCGCCAAGAGAGAGUGUAAGGUGCUCGUGCUGGAGCCUCGUAGUUGAGGGGAACGCAUAGGGGAGCCAGCAGG